CUCGUCAGACAAAGCUGGAGGAUAGAGGGGAAAUGGAGUGGUUUUGGUUGUGGAGGAUUUUAAUAGUAGUGCAAGUUUUUCACGCGUGUUUGGCCGGUGCUUCAGGCAACCAGUGGAAGAAAAUUAAAGAAAGGAUAUCGGAUACUGUUAAAGGGUACACUCCAUGUGAAUCUGUCAACUGCAGCUGCCACCUAAGUGUCCUACAGCAUGGUUUGCAGACCUUUAAAGGGGGGAUUUCACAGGAUGUCAUGGCUGCUACGGUUCAGAGAGGAGUGGGAACCCACUACCAGAUCAUUGGGCACAAGCUGUACAGGGAGCAAAACUGCAUGUUCCCUGCUAGGUGCAGUGGGGUGGAGCACUUCAUACUGGAGGUGAUUGACAAGCUGCCUGACUUAGAGAUGGUUGUAAAUGUGAGAGAUUACCCUCAAGUCCCCCACUGGGUGCAGCCAACCCUGCCAGUCUUCUCUUUCAGUAAGACCUCAGACUACAACGACAUCAUGUACCCAGCAUGGACAUUUUGGGAAGGCGGACCUGCUGUGUGGCCCAUUUACCCCACCGGACUGGGAAGAUGGGAUCUGAUGAGGGAUGACCUUAAAAAAUCUGCAGCACAGUGGCCAUGGAAGAAGAAAGAGUCUAAAGGAUUUUUCAGAGGUUCCAGAACCAGCCCUGAGCGCGACCCUCUCAUCCUUCUGUCCAGAGAAGCUCCAGAGCUGGUAGAUGCAGAAUAUACAAAGAACCAAGCCUGGAAGUCUGAGAAGGUCAAUCACACUGACACCACACCACAGUAUUUGUUCAACUUCCGUGGUGUGGCAGCAAGUUUUCGCUUCAAACAUCUCUUCCUGUGCGGCUCCUUGGUGUUUCACGUGGGAGACGAAUGGCAGGAAUUCUUUUACCCUCAGCUCAAACCCUGGGUCCACUACAUCCCAGUCAGGCAGGAUCUGUCGGAUCUCAGGGAGCUGCUCCAGUUUGUUAAAGAGAACGAUGCCAUCGCGCAGGAAAUAGCUACAAGGGGGAAGGAGUUCAUCCUCAACCACCUGCGAAUGGAAGAUGUUUCCUGCUACUGGGAAAGACUUCUGACCGAGUUCAGCCAGCUUCUCACCUACAAACCCCAAAGAAAGAACAGCUACAACCAGAUAGUCCACCGAGCCAGCAAAACAGAGCUGUAAGACAGACUGUGUGGGACCAGACUGUGAAGAUUCUGACUGUAACUGAACCAGGGCGUACGGUUUCCUUUCAAGCAGCACUGUGUCAUGUUGUUAGUAUUCAGUUUUUAUUUACCGAUCUGAAGUCUGACGCUUUAAGGCUGUCUUCAUGUAUUUGUGUUUAUUACAGUGUUUGAGACCAAUGACCCACAUGUCCACCAGUUAGUGGGCUUAGAUUACACAGCUGUACAAGCAGCUGACUGUAGAUGCUGCCAGUAAUUAAUCUGUGCCCACAAGAGUCUAUCAGUAUAUUUUGAAAGAGGGGGAAAAGUGUGCACACUGUUUCUCUGUGGUGUACAUUCUUCCAUCAGAUCACGUGACUGACACGUCUCUCUAAAAGAGCCAGCAUUUGCAAGAGUACACUAAGGAUCCCUCGAUCAAUAAUUCUUGUGAAAUUUUCCUUUUGUUCAUGAAGAAUCUUCAGGUGCCACUAGGGGGCUUAUGUGCCAAAGUCCUUACUGAUCACUCUGGUUUGAUGAGUUCAGUACUUCCAGAUGUGACGACUGUUUUUGCGCCUGUUAUCCAUCUAACCAGCACAAGUGCGUAACUAUAACGCAUGUUUAUAAGCCACUAAAGAGGCAAUCCAUUAUUUUAUACAUCAGUUUAUUUUUAUUUGUCAAAAAGUUAUAGCUGUGAUUGUUAUUUUGAUUAUAUUAUAGUGACAUUAUCAAGGUUAGUGGAAAUCAUGAUGUAAAGGAAAAUCCGAGGGAUUGUUGGUGGAUAUCAGUUUGGGAGUAACUUUUAUAACUAGAUUACAUGUGAAUAUUUAGACUCUGUAGGCGAGAGGCAAGAAUUUUGGUACUAGAAGCUUUCUGGUUUGUGUUUUGUUGUCCAGUUGUGGUUUUUGAGCAAGCUUUGGUUGCAUGCAGGUAACUUGUCCAUGUAGAGAGCAAAAGAGCAAUUACUCCUACUGAUGGGCUCAUAGAUUGGUCUGACAGUUGUUUUUAUUGAAACUAAAACUUUAAUUCUCCAGGAAAGGAUCAUAAUGGAAAUAUAAUGCACUCCUGUCUUUAAGUCAUUGAAAACUGUAAUGGAAAUGGACGAAGGGUGUUCAGAUAUUUACAAAAGAUGUGUAAUUAUUAAGUGGUAGUUAAGGAUACCAGGUUUACCAUGUUGGGAUAAUUUAAUGAACAACAAAUAGUUUGAUAUUAAAUGAAUCUAUGUUUAGUACAGUUAGUGAAAAUAAUGUGUAGUAGUGGCUAAAACUGGUAAGAUGAAUGUCUGAGGAUCAUGUGGUAGUAGAGUUUCUUCUUUGCCACCAGUGAAGUUGAUUGCAAAGCUUUGGUAAAGAUAAGUUUUGUUACACUGCCCUCUACUGGGCAACUGGAAAAACUCUAGACUUUUACUAAGUUUCAUGAUAACCGGAAUGCAAAUCAUUAGCUAUAUCAGUCUACAUUUCACCGCCAUCGAUUUUAUAACAUAGAUAGAAGGACACUUUCUUUUACACAAAGUGCCAGCAGUGAGCAAUAAUAUUCAGAGUAACCACUUUGUUUACCAUUUCUGAUAAAGCUGCCUUGAUAUCAAGACAUUAUAGAUGAUGUAACUGAUACAUGAUCAUGUUGAAUAUGUUGUAGUAUUCGGUUAUUUGAGGAAAAAAAGAAGCUGAGAUGAUGUGUCUGGUCAUAGUGUUUGUUUUUAUUUCAAUAAA